AUGGACUCACUGAAGUUGCUCUCGCAGAACAUGUUGGAGUUCUCCAGAGGCUUGGGUGACAUCCUCGCACAGGAGACGGGCAUCAACUUCUCACACAGCUGGAACGCCAUGCUGUCCUGCUACACGGGGAGUCGCUCCUAUGCGCUUCACAUUGACAAUCCUCACAAGUGUGGCGGUGCCAUGGAACUGCCGGACAAUGGCCUCCGUGUGACGCUGGUGUACUACAUCAACCCACACUGGGAUCCGGACAGCGGAUACAAUGGCGGUGGGCUCGAUGUCUCAAUCUCAGACCGUCGAUCGGAGGAGGUCACCGGUCUCGGUCACCGAGGUCUCGGUGCGGGAUCCGAAGAAGAUUCCGAGGUUGAGAGAUUCCAGAACGUUCGGACCCUGGGAUGUGGUAUAUAUAGGAUGGUCGCCCUGAGGCUCAACCAUCUGGUAAAACCAUCACCCAGGCAGCUCCGCCAGCUGCAUUUGCGCCUCCUUGCACCCCGAAGCCGCUGCUUGGUCGGCUCAGUCCGGCACCGAGGUCUUUCUCACGGAUCCGCGGGAUGCCCCGCCCUCGGCCUCCACGGCCAGGCGACGGAGUCGGAAGGAUGGAGUCGGAAGAUGACCCACAGAGUCAGAAGGAUGGGGAAGAAGAGGAGUGUUAACCAGGAUCCUUUCAAUUUUAGACGUUUGGAAUCGUUUUGA